AUGGCUGAUAGCGUUUUUGGUUUGGGAGGAAAUGCGGCCAUCUUGGCCCAGAGGCUCCCUGGCCUGGUCGAGUCCGUGCUGGAGUCCAGGCAUGCGGAAGAGCGAGGGUUUGACCUUCAUGACGCUGCUUUCGUGGUGGCGGCGGUGGAGCGGUUGAUCUUCGAUGAGGAAAGCCACCUGCUUGCCAAAUCCUAUGAGGCCCAGGGCCAGACUCCCCAGAAGGCCCUGGGCGAGGCGGAGAUGCAGCAGGUGGUGGAAGACUACCUGGUUCGCUGGUUGAUGGGAGAUGACGAAGAAGGUACGAAGUUGCUGCUGGACAACCGGACCUUGCUGGAGACCUCAUUUCCACAUUGGAAAGAUCUCGAAGCGUUCGGACAUGGCCAGCUGAGGGCGCUGACAUAUGUGCAGCAAAAGUCGCAGCCACUUUCCGGCAAAGCCUUGCAGACAAGGUAUUCUUACCAAGAUGCCCACGAUGUUGCCGGCAGCAUCACUCGGUCCUUCGCCUCCUUCUGGCAAUCCGAGUGCACCGGACUGAAGGAGUCGCUGGUGGCCAUGGACCCCUUCCACACCGGGCGCGUGCCGCUGUCGAAGUUCUACGGCACAGGCCUCGACGAAGACUGGCGCUUCGGCGAGUCUGAGUCCUACUUGAGAGAGCUCGGGGCACUGGACGAGACGGGGAUGCAUGGCAAGCAGGUCAUCAUACCCAACUACAUCCAAGCUGCCUCGAACUGCAUCGUCACGACGCAGCACUACAUGGUAUGCUGCACCACUGACUGCAAUGACAUCAUGACAGAGAUCGAGUCGGAGAUCGCUCAGCCAACUGCCCAGGCUGCCCGCAUUCUCGAAGUGGUCGGCAACAUGACGACAGUUUCCUCUUUGGAGGACGAAGGCGAAGUCCGGAUUGAUGACGCGCUGGCUGCGCAGCUGAGAAGCAUCGAAGCAGCUAAUGGUGGAGAGGUGCCGUUGCACGGUCGCUUGUACUUGCAAUGGUUGCACUAUGUCUUCCCGCGCGAGUGCCCGUUCCCCCACAAGACAGGCAGCACUGCUGUGACUGCACCGUCAGAGUUUAGCGGCGAGUAUGUGGCCACCCUGCAGGAAAUGCAGGCGAUGAGAGCCACCGAGAAUGACACAGUGCUGCCACACAAUGUGACCCUGGCGAAGGAAGAGCUUCAGUGGAUGUCGCAAUGGAGCGAGGAGGAGGAGCUCUUGCUCAGCUAUGAAGGACUGUCGAACACUGUGAGUUGGAGGCGUCGUUUGAUAAUCGGUGGCUUCUUCGCGCUGCUGGCAGCAAGUGUUGCGGGGACAGUUAAGAUCUCGCACCACAAGGCCAGCGGCUGUCACCGUCAACUGCCUCUAUGA